GACCAUUCUCAUCCACCGAACACUACACUACACUCUACACACAUAAACAGAGAUAUAUAUAUAUAUAUAUAAUAUACCUCUCUUAAUUCACAACCAUGCACGACACUGAUUUUCUUCCAUAGCCAAAUCAAGCUUAAUUUGGAAUUUUCUUUUCUAGUCGGAAUCGGAAUUCCAAUCCCAAUCGCCACCGCCAUGCUGCCUAGUCUCGACUUGAGAGACAUCCAAGACAAGCUCUCUGCUCACUUGAGUCCUUGGCACCGUUCCUUUCAAUUCUGGACUCGCGCCGCCGAUAUCUACACAGGCUACAAAGUGUUCCAAGUCCGGGUGAAUUUCGAGCGAGAUGCGGGGAAGAGGGAGGCAAUGUGGGAGAAGCAGCACGAGCUUGCCGCAGAAAAGAUAUACUCCAUGUGUUCUGACCUCGGGGGCUUCUUCCUCAAGGUUGCUCAAAUCAUUGGGAAGCCGGACUUAGCUCCAGCGGCAUGGGUCAGAAGGCUGGUCACAUUGUGUGACCAAGCUCCUGCUACACCGUACCAUGUGAUCAAGGUUGUGCUGGAGAAGGAGCUGGGUCAAAGUGUGGACAAACUAUUCGAAAGAUUUGAUACUAAUCCUCUUGGUUCUGCGUCGAUUGCACAGGUUCAUCGAGCACGACUUAGAGGUGAUAAACAUGAUGUGGUUGUAAAGAUUCAGCAUCCAGGUGUUCAGGAUUUGAUGAUGACUGACAUUCACAACUUGCAAGCAUUUGCUUUAUAUAUGCAAAAGACGGAUGUGAAAUUUGAUCUAUACUCUGUGACCAAGGAAAUGGAGAAACAGAUCGGAUAUGAGUUUAACUUUCUAAGAGAGGCUGAUGCAAUGGAGAAAAUCCACCGUUUCCUAUCUGAAAAUAACAAGAAAUCCCCAGUUUUAGUACCAAAAGUGAUGCGAAAUAUGUUCACAAGGCGGGUUUUAGUAAUGGAGUAUAUGGAUGGAAUCCCAAUUCUGAAACUUGGAGAUGAGAUAGCAAAGAGAGGCAUAAAUCCUGGUGGUAAGGUAGCAGCAGCUGCAAAGCAGAAUAUCCUUAAAAGUUUGACACUUGCAUAUGGGCAGAUGAUACUGGAGAGCGGUUUCUUUCAUGCAGAUCCUCAUCCUGGGAACAUUUUGAUCUGUAAAGGUUCUGAGGUGGCAUUGCUUGAUUACGGACAAGUGAAGGAUCUUCCUGAGAACCUGAGGCUAGGAUAUGCUAAUCUGGUGCUUGCUAUGGCAGAUAAUGAUCCUAUAAAGGCAUCUGAGAGCUACAGGGAGCUCGGUAUAGACACAUUAAUCAGCUGCAAGGACGAACAGAAAGAGAUGCUUAAAUUAGCUCAAACAAUGUUCGACACAAAGCUACCUCCUGGUGUGAAAAUGUUGCAACCUUUCUCUGAGGAAUCUUCACUUGAGAAAAUUGCAAUCAAGGCAUUCCCAGAAGAACUGUUCUCUGUUCUUCGGACAGUUCAUUUACUGCGUGGACUCAGCGUUGGACUUGGGAUUAACUACUCGUGCGCUGAGCAGUGGAGACCCAUUGCAGAAGAAGCUCUGUAUCGAGCAGGCAGACUCACAGAUCAAGAACUCAGAAGAGGGCGAAAACAAGGUAUAUUCAGACGGAUGUUUGGUAAGUGACCAAGUUUUGAAAGGCAAUCUUAGAUGUAUCUUCUAAACCAUAAAAGCUUUUUCUGAUGGUCUAAUUCUAUAAGAUCAUCAUUGAUUCAUUGGGAUGAUGCAAUUUUUGGCCUCGGCUGAUUGUUUGAUUCUAUGUAAUUUCUCCAAGUGAUACAUUUCUUUAAGUUUCAGUGUUUGGAUGAUUUGAUUCUAUUAUUUGAUCGGAGUAAUUACAUCACAUGUAUAUAUUAUCUAUGCAAAUAAACCUUCUAUUUACACUCCUCUUGUUAUUGUAGCUAUUACUUACAGAUAUUAGAGUAGAUCAUGUGUUGAAUUUUAUAGAAUGGUAAUACAACAUAUAUUUGACG